AUGGCCUGUCCGACUCCCACAGAUGACGACGCUCUCCCUUGCAAGGAACUCGGGUCCAAGGUAAAACCGGUCUUAAUUUGUCCACAAGCCUUAACGGACUUACUGAUGAAGAAAGAGAUCAUCCAGACUGAGCCAAGUGAAAGGCCUGGACCGAACUCUUUCAAAACCCCAACUUAUGACAUCACCAACGAUAUGCGACAAGCUUCACUUGUCAUCGCCGACGGCCUAACCCAAGAAUUCAACAAAGUGGUAAAGAACCGAAGAAAUGUUUUCAAUGCCGCAAAAAACACUGACUUUCGCGACAUAGGUAAAAAACUUGGGAGCUUUUCAUCUUUUCUGGAUGCUCUGGGUCCAAUGCUAGGUAUUUUUGGCGGCAUUACGUCCAUCAUUACAACCUUCCUCACGCCCAACCCUUUUGAUGAAAUGGUCAAGUAUUUGGCAAAGGAGUUUGAUGAAGUCAAUCGACGCCUUACAUACAUAGAAACUGACAUUCAAGACUUGAAAAAAGUCGUUCAGAGCGAAAAUAAUAUUGUUGCAAUGGCGUCUCAAAUGAAAGCCAUAAGAUAUUCCCUUCGUGCAUAUGAGCCAAUGGUAAAGAGUCUGUCCAAUGCCCCCGUGUGUGGAUCAAAAAAUCUACUCAAGCGACCUGAGGUUCGUGCAUUUAUGAAGCAAUACACGAAGGAUAAUGUGGAAAACAGUCUCAAGGACCUGUAUGGAGUGGAUUUUGGCGAGGUACUGGAAGCCUCAUCACUGAUGAAGUCGUUCAUGCGUGCUUACUGUGGUAAAAACCCUGCUAAAGUUGAACGCUUUAUGACUGAGAUAUCGAACUACGCCUACGCUGGCUCCAUGGUCCACUUUGCAUUCAGGGCUCUUGAGUGCCGAAAGCCAAAAAGGAAAAGGCCCAUUUACUGUAAGAACGAAGAGGAGGA